ACCUAAUGCUUUUCCAUCGUUCGUAAUUAUUAUGGGAAAUUAUUCAAAAUGUUUAGUAGUACGACGUGUUUUUUGUUUAUUAUUCUAAGUAUUUUACCAAAAUCAAGAACGAAUGAGGCUGCCGAGCUUCUAAAUGAAUCGGACUACAAUGGCAAAAAAUUUGAAGGUUUUGUAGUCGGAGGGAGAUUUGCUAAAAUACAAGACUUCCCUCAUUCGGCAUUUUUAGCGAUAAAUUGCCGCAAACAAAAAAUAUUUGAGGAUUUCACUUGCGGAUCGUCGAUCCUAAACCAGUGGAUAUUGCUGACUGCGGCACACUGUUUGGAAGGCUGUAAAUCUGGCACCAAAGUACUGGCAUCAGUGGGGGCCGCGAAAAAGACAAAAGGAACAUUUUACGCGGUCGGAAAAUUUGCUAGCCAUAAAAAAUACGACGGAGAUAUAAUGAAAAACGACAUCUGUUUGGUCAUGCUGGCAACCCCUGUGGUGUUCGGUAAUACAGUGAAAAGAAUUCAGCUAACACAAAUCGGGAUCUACAACGAACCAGCGGUGCUGGCUGGCUGGGGUGUCACAAACGAAGAAGAAUUUAUAGAUUCCCAGUACUUGAAAUCGGCGCGUCAGGUCGUGAUGACGCGAGAAAAGUGUAUGAAUAUGUUGCCAAAUUUGAACAAAGGUUACUUAUGUGCGACCGGAGAUAAACGUAGUCUUCAAGAUCAUGGUUACGCCGCAGUGGGUGAUUCAGGCAGCGCUUUAAUAGUCCGAGGCACCAUUCAGAUUGGCAUAGUAUCUUACAAGAUGGCUGCGAUCUCGGAAAGUCUCAUCGCUUACACCGAUGUAUCAAAAUAUUACAGAUGGGUUACUAAUACUGCUAAAGCUCUUUUUUGCCAGGAAUAAUCUCCACUUAAUUUAUACGAUAGUUGUGAACGUACGAUAGUUCAACGUGUGGUAAUGCACACCGUUUGUGCUUGUGAAUAA